AUAUGUUGGAACGGCUCAAAAAGGAGAAGGCUGCCCGUUUAUCCUCGUCUCUCACUCUCGCACAUGUUGGAAUGGACCAGUGAACGAAAUGGGGAGGGGGGAUUGAGUUCUUGGCACAUUUCUACGCACAUGCAGUAGUCCGCGGUUGGUAUUUGUCGUGUGUACGACAGCGAGAGAACGAGAAAGAAAGAGAAAAAGAAAGAGAGAGAAAGAAAGAGGGUGAGAGAGAGAGAGAUGACACCAAGAAGGCAGAGAGGCAAAAAGGGACUUUCUCCUCUCUCUUCGAAGACGGAUGCUGAUGUGACUUUAGAUGAGUUCCAAAAGGUCUUCUCUGCCAAAGGAUCUUUGAGAAGACCUCCCAGGAUUGGAUAAAAUGAUGUGGAACCCUAACAAGGCCGCGAUAACUGUCUUGGUUAUGAUUAGUGGUUUUAACAUCGAACCCACCUAUGCCGAAGACAUUCCAGUGGGCACGAUCUUGAGCCUUUGGGAAGACUAUAAAGAAGUGUUCACCGCCAUGCAGUUCGCUUUGGAACAACAGCACAAUCAAACCAACAAAUUGUUCCAAUUCAAACUAUUCGCUGACAACAUCAAAACAGUGGAUGCUUACAAGCUGACCAGGAUCAUAUGUCGACAGUUUGAGAGAGGGAUCUUUGCUCUGAUGGGGACAGUAGAUCCUGAAUCAUUUGACACGUUGCAUUCGUACGCGAAUGCAUUCGAAAUGCCGUUUGUCACCCCAUGGUUUCCAGAAUCCGUUUAUCACGCUCCUCGCGACCAUAAACAAGAUUUUGCCAUUCAAAUCCGACCCGAGUAUCAUGAAGGCCUGGUAGAGCUCAUCACAUAUUAUAAAUGGGAAAAGAUCAUAUACGUCUAUUGCGAUUUUGAUGGACUUCUGAGGUUACAAAGAAUCUACAAGGACAUUCCAAAGGAUGCCUAUGGCACUUUUCAGUUCAGAGUGGAGAUAGUUCGGAAGAUCAGUACAGCCAAAGAAGCUAUCGAGUUCCUCUUAGAACUCGAGAAAAUCAAUAGAAACUCCUACAAACGAGUGGUCUUGGAUUGUCCGGCCACAAUUGCCAAGAGUAUUUUGGUUAGCCAUGUGCAGAAUAUUCAUCUGGGAAGAAGGAACUUUCACUAUCUAAUGUCUGGUUUGGUCCUGGAUGAUCACUGGGAUAGUGGUGUGGCAGAAUAUGGAGCAAUUAACGUUACUGGUUUCCGUUUGAUCAAUCCCAAGGCAGAUUUUGCCAAACAGUUCCUGGAAACGUGGAAAUCAUUGGAUCCAGCCAAAUAUCCCACCACAGAUGGGAUUUCGGCUAUAGGAGCUCUAUCGUAUGACGCAGUGAGCGUCCUUGAAUCUGCCUUCACCACACUAUUGCAACAAAACCCAAACAUGUUCCGUCACAAUUUGCGACGUGGCGAGAUCUUCAACAAAAGACAAAAAGGCCUGGUCGCUUGUGACAUGUCCGGAGACGAAAGACAGAAACCUUGGGAACAUGGAGCUACCAUCUACAAAGCUUUGAGAAAUGUCGAUAUUCAAGGAUUAAGCGGAAGGAUCAGGUUCAAUGACGAGGGUAAGCGGCAUAAUUACUCUUUGGACGUGGUUGAGAUGACUCCAGGGAGUACUCUGAUCAAGAUCGGCACGUGGAGUGAUCUAGAGGGUCUUGAGGUGGCCGUAGAUCAAUUCAGGCACAGAGGUCACAUAUCGAGGAUGAAAAACGUCAACAAUAAAACCUACAUCAUGACAACCAUCAUUGAAGAGCCAUAUAUCAUGGUGAAACAAAACGUCCAUGGCGAGCCUCUUUUGACUGGGAAUGACCGGUUCGAAGGCUACUGCAAAGACUUGGCGGAUCUCAUAUCUAAGGCAGCCAAUGUACAUUUCGAGAUCCAUCCCGUGAAAGACGGAAAAUACGGAAGUCCCGAUCCCACAGCUCCAGGAGGAUGGAAUGGAAUGAUCGGAGAGUUGGUGCGGAAAGAAGCUGACAUUGCCAUUGCGCCUUUGACGAUCAAUUCCCAACGAGAAAGGGUGGCCGACUUUACGAAACCGUUCAUGUCAUUGGGAAUCUCAAUUAUGAUCAAAAAACCUGCCAAACAAAGGCCGGGCGUCUUCUCCUUCAUGAACCCAUUGAGUCAGGAGAUUUGGAUGUGCGUUGUCUCCGCCUACAUUGGAGUUAGCAUCGUCCUCUUCUUGGUCUCAAGAUUCUCUCCAAAUGAGUGGAAGAUCGAAGGGACGUUGGGGGGAACCACAGUGGAGAAUUCGUUCUCAGUCAUGAACAGCUUUUGGUUCGUCUUGGGCGCGUUCAUGCAACAAGGAACAGACAUCACCCCUAGGUCUUUGAGUGGACGCCUGGUGGGUGGUGCUUGGUGGUUCUUUUCCCUGAUUCUGAUCUCGAGUUACACUGCCAAUUUGGCAGCCUUCCUGACGGUUGAAAGAAUGGUUACACCUAUCAAUUCGGCGGACGACUUAUCUCUGCAAACCGAGAUCGAGUAUGGGGCUCUCUCAGGAGGGUCGACUGUGAGCUUCUUUAAGAAUUCGAAGAUCUCUGUGUAUGCUAGGAUGUGGGAGUUCAUGUCGUCCAGACCGUAUGUCCUCACAAACACCACCGCCGAAGGUAUCCAACGGGUUCGAGAUUCUAAGGGUAAAUACGCCUAUCUCAUAGAGUCCACCGGCAAUGAAUACACAAAUGAGCGGUAUCCCUGCGAUACCAUGAAGGUCGGCAAAAAUUUGGACGCCAAAGGCUAUGGGAUUGCUACAGCCAAAGGCUCUGGUUUACAAGAUCCCAUCAACUUUGCAGUCUUAACCCUUAAGGAGAAUGGCGAAUUGGCCAAGCUGAAGAACAAAUGGUGGUACGAGAACACGGAGUGUCAGCAUGACACGGAAAAGACUAAAAAGAAUGAGCUUCCACUGAGCAACGUGGCCGGAAUAUUCUUUAUCCUGGUGGGCGGUUUGAUCAUAGCUAUGUGUGUGGCCUUGUUUGAAUUCUGUUACAACUCCAAGAAGGAGGCCAAAAGAGCGAAAACCACUUUGUCGGACGCUAUGAAGGGUAAAGCUAGACUGGCUCUAUCCGGAGGGCGGGACUUGGACUCGAUCCGAUUUUACGGAGACUCAUCCGCGCUUUAAAUGCCAAUCCAAAUGCCAAAGGUGUCAACUGUCAUCUUCACGGAAACUCUCCUGAAUGCUCAAUGUCCAAGGCCAAAAUUGAAUCCUUGCUUCCCAAGAGUCCUGAAGGAUGCGUUUGAACAAAUUUACCUUCAUUCAUUCACCUUAGGUGUCAAGCAAAUUCUACUCCUUGAACCGAUCUAAGCACUAGAAUGCCGGUAGUGGAUUCCAUCUUUCUUCCCUGCCCACCUCCCAAUCUGAGCCCAUGAUUCAAUCUCAAUGUGAUGGAAUGCACUUCACUUAGUUAAUCCAUCGUCUCACUGAACCUUCAAAAUCGCGCCCAUCAUGGCUUGAUUCCGCUCAAAUCAAUUGUGUACUAUAUGUAUGUAUAUCCACCCGAAUGGCGCGAAUUAUUAAUAUAGGUCAGAAGUAAAGCUUGCGAUCGCUUGAACCACUGGA